UACGGAGCCCCGCGGGCGGCAGAUAAUACUUUCCAGGCUGGAUUUACAAUUGACUGUGUUUCCCAUUGGGCUGCAUGACUGCAACUUCUUGCUCUCUAGUUGCAGGCUGGGAAUGGAGUGCAUAGGUUGGAUGCCAGCAGUGGGACAUCCUACCAAAACAAAGAACCCUUGGCACUGUUGUCUGAUCAAUGACUUCAAAGUGCAGGAGCUGUUAAAUUGGAAACAAGUGCUGCAAAAUGUCAAGUGAGGUGCUUGAAAGCAGCAGUGGGAUGGAGGAGACCAUGCAGAAAGAGAGCAAGUCUGGAAGCCAAAGUCCUCGCUGCAGCUCCAUGAGAAGGGCUGUGGCAAGCACUGUCACUUUUGAUGGGGAAGCCACUAUGGACCGGAGGAAAAAGAAGAAGAAAGAGUCCCGUCCUGAGUCAAUAAUAGUGUAUCGGUCAGAGAAUGAGAAUAAGGUGGAAGAAGAACAGGCAGAUGAAGAAGGAGGGGAGAAGGGCUCUGAGGAAGGCUCCAAGUUCCUGGGUCAGUCCACGGCAGAUGGUGUCUGGAACAUGCCUUUAGACAGCCGAUAUGUGACCUUGACUGGAACAAUCACCAGAGGAAAGAAGAAGGGUCAGAUGGUGGACAUCCAUGUCACACUAACGGACAAAGAGCUGCAGGAACUCGCUAAGUCAAAGGAGCCUCCUAAAGAGGGUGUACCUGAGAAGAAGAAGAAAUGUGAUGUUGGGCUAGACAGAGGACCCCACAUCAUCCUCUGGACCAUCAUUUGUCUCCCCAUCAUUUUUGUAGUGUCCUUUGUGGUUUCAUUCUACUAUGGAACCAUUACAUGGUAUAACAUCUUCUUGGUGUACAAUGAAGAGAGGACCUUCUGGCACAAAAUCACCUUUUGUCCCUUUCUGAUCAUCUUCUACCCAAUUAUAAUUAUGGUUGUGUCUUUUUCCCUAGGCCUGUACUCGGCUGUGGCCCAGGUAGCGUGGUCCUUUGGGUACUGGUGGCAUGCUGUCAGGGAUAUGGAGAAGGGCUUCUGUGGCUGGCUCUGCAGCAAGCUGGGUUUGGAAGACUGUUCUCCAUACAGCAUUGUCGAGCUGCUAGAUUCUGAUAAUAUCUCAGGUAGUCUCUCUGGCAAGAGCUCUGCACAGGGGGUUGAGACCUCAGCAGUCUGAGCCUUUGUCCUGGCUGACUAUUUUAGUCAUAUGUAAGUGGUUUUCAUCUAAAAAACAACACACUGAAUUUCUAUAUAUAUAUACUUAAACACAGACUUAAUGAAAAAAAUAGUGGGCUGGGAGUGCUCUUUAGAUGUCACAGAAUACAAGUGUGCUAGUUUCACAUGGUCUGGGUGGGGAGGUGCAUGACUCUAAGGAUUUGCCAUCUGUUUUAGCUAAUUACAACUUCUAGGAAUGGUGAGGAAAUCCAGGUCUGUGGUGCUCACGCUGUUUGUAGCACAGCAGAGAGACAUGCUGAAAAAUUCACUUCUGUAAAGUUAGACUUUCUUUUUCAGGAGUAGGACAUAACAGUGACCCACUGACCCCGUGAAAAAAAGUCCAUACUCAGGAGAUGAACUUCAGGAGAUAAGAACCCAUUCAGAGGUGAAGGCUAAAUUGCAGAUCAUGUGAUGUUCCUACAGUUUUCCUAAAAAUAGCCCUUUUCCAGUCCUUCCAACAAGUGCAGCAAACAUUCCAGGUAGCUAACUGUUUAGAUGCUGUCAGAGCACAAAAAGACCUGGUCUUUCUCUGAGAGAGGAUAGCACAGCUUCCAAGAAAGGCACGUGAACUCUACACUGAAACGCACCCAUCACGUGAUGGAAAGACUUGCUUUGUAAUGUGGUGCAUGGGGACCUGACGGGCCUGUCACCAAGCACCCCCAGGUGCACAAAUAGGUGCUUAGGACACACCUACAUUUGAUUCUUGAUAGGUGCACUGCUAGGGAAGAAUAGUCUAUGAGAGUUGUAUGCAGGGUGCAGUGUCAACGGUUGCAUUUAUAGGGAAGAAACACCUGCUCUGAGGAAACAUAAUCAGUUUCCAUAUUACUGCAAUGCAGGUGGCAGCACCUAUAUUUAGGUAGGUGGGGUUAGAAUCAUAAAAUCAGCUAGAUUGGAAAAGACCUUUAAGAUUAUCAAGUCAAACCAUUACCCCAGAACUGCCAAGACUACCACUAAACCAUAUCAAAUGUUGAAGAUGCUUGGGAUGGGAAGGUCUCACUGAAACAGUUGUUCUCUUUUUGAAGUUGCUCUUAUGAAAGAGCUGAUGGACCUUCCCUUUCAGAACAGGGACAUCUGUGAGCCCAUGUCUGUUAGUGCCAGUGCAAACGCAUUAGUGCCUCAGCUCUGGAAGUCUGCAUCCCCCACACACUUCCUGGGUAAUUAUGUGGAAGAGCAGUGGAUUAUACAUCCUCCGCCCCUCGUGUCUCAUUUUUAUAAUUGGUUUCCCUCCUUUGGGACUUUGCAUGGUGUCUGAGUGGGCUCCCAGACCACGCUGAGGUGGCCACCAUAGACUGGAGAAAUUUUAAUUGUCUCUUUAAAAAGAUGACUAGCAGAAAAGUUCAUUUUCUGUUUGGGUCUUAGGAGGACUAGAAGAAAAUGAGAGAGGUGUAAUAGAUUCUAAUGGAGACUGAAUUACACAUCUGAAACAUGAUUAAUUUUCUGAGUGCUCCAGUUCAGCUGGUGCUGCUAAAAGGUCUGGUUCGGCCCCAACCCAGAGGAGCCCAACAUUUGCAUGUGUGUAGGUAGAUCAUUCGUAGUGUGCAGUCAGGCUGCACAGUCAUUCAUAUCUGUCCAGGUGUUUCACUUCCCCAGUCUCCCUACCAGAGGUGGAGCUGCUUUAGUUUUAGAAUGGUAGAGAAACAUUCAGAAGCUGGGUUUCACAGAAACUAAUGUUUUGUGUUGUAUUCCAAGGAUGAGCUCAAGACUGACUGUCCUGGUUAGGACAUUUGGGAACUGGUGAUGUAUAAACAAGUCUGCUGAUCAUCUAGGCCUGACACAUAAAUAAGUGAAGUCCCUGCUGCAUCUUUGGUCUGUCCCCUUCCGGGAGAUCCAGCGAAAGCAGGCUCUUAGCGCUGUCUCAAGAAUUAGCAGUAUGAAUAGUUACAACCAAUAGUGAAUAGCUAAAUAUCAAAAGCAGGUUUGGCCCCACACUUUACUGGCAAAGCAGAUGUGCUCCCUGGGGACGGGAACAGCCAGGCUGUGUUUGCUGCCUGCUGAUACACAGCUUCCAGUUUUUACUGGCUAAAUCUUUAAAGGCAAUGACCAACUUUCAGAAAACCAAAUCAAAACAAAACAUAAAACCCCAAUAUAAAAUAGACCCCAACUUAGUGGCAGGUAAUUCAGUGGGGUUCAAAGAAGCUGACUUAUGCCUGGGACCAGUUCAAGCAGUGAAAUCCUUUUCACAUGGCUGUUUCAAUCAGGCUUGAUAUGCCUCUGAAUUAAUAGAGAAGCUGAGGAUCAGUCAUGCCUGUGCUAGCAGUUUGUAGUGACCCAGCACAGCCACUCUACUUCUUCCACAUGAAAAUCACAGGCUCUCACAUGGCCAGAGGGUGGGAAGAAGUGAUGCUUAACAAGCAUUAAUGGGAAGGCAGGCCUGUUGGCAAGUGUUCUCAGGCUUUGCCUAGAGGUACACUGCAGGCAUGAAAGGACUGCAUUGUGUAUCUUGACCCCAACAUGCAGCAAACAAGUGGGUUUGGGGAAAGGAUGACUGGCAAAUGUGCAUUGCUGCAGAGGGAGAAAACCCAAUUCAGCUGUCACUGCCAAAGAGCAGCUGUUCAAGGCUAGACGAAAGGCUGGGGUCAGAGCACAGAGUCUUCACCUUACAGAGGGCUUGAAUGAUAAAUACUAGCUCAUUACAGAAUACAGCCAUGUGAAAUGUUGGCUGAGCUGCAGGAUUUGCUUUUAGGAUUGCAAGCAGCCUGCCAGAGUGGAGACAAAACCAAAUCUGUGCCUCUUACUGCUACGUAGACACAAAAGACUGUCAGAGAAGUCGUAGUACCCUCCCUCUGCCGUGGCAGCUACACUUCUGGGGUUGGAGGCCACCUUUUUGGGGAUAUACUGGAACAAUCCAUUGUGUGUCUUCUACUUCUUUACACUUAACCGAGCUUGCCUCUGCUCCUGAUGAUGUCAAGGUAUUCUGACAUUGAUUUUGGUUGGGGCUAGUUUAAGCUUGGGGUUGGUUCUGGUGCUAUUUGUAAAAGUUUUAUUCCAGCUCUUCUCAAAACAACUCUGGAUAGUUUUGUUUUCUCUCUUGCCCAUUAUCCCCUGAAGUGGUUUGUCUGCUGCAAGAUAUAUAAUCAUUAUCAGUUGUUGUAAUAGAAAAAAGCACAAGUUUUUGUCUUGUUCUGCCCUUGCUUUCAGAAACUCGCAAGUAAUUUUUGCUUAUGUGCCACUGUCAAACUGCAGGGAAUUCCAGUUAUUCUGAUGUUGAGUAUGUUCCUGGCUGUGCUCUAGUCUGGAUGGUUUUGGGUUGUUUUUUUUUAAGUAAAGGUAGUGUGUGUUUGCUGAUUGUUAUUUUUAAUUGCAUUCUCUUUUCCCAUCCUUGCUGGCCUGGGUGGAGAAUAAAGAUGUACAUGGCUUUAGAAGAAUGUUGUUUUCGUGCUUCUGCUUGAUUUUGUGUUAAAAACAGUGCUGUGGGAUGGACAGUCAUCUCAUACUGGUAACUGAUUAAAAGUCAUUAACUUUCAAGACCCACUUUAAAGUGUGGCUGAAAUUGAUCUCAGUUUUAUUAACCUUUGCCUGUCCAGAGCUGCCAUAUCUCUUGGCUCUGGGUUAUUCUUUGGUUUUACUUAAGAGAACACAAAUGAAAACUUUUUAAUUUAAUUUCACUCGUGAGUAUCUGUUUGGCUUUAGCUCCAAGGAUCUGUAGAGAGGGACACAGUUCUAUAUCAAAAUAGGAAGUAUAUAUUUAACUCUACAAAUAUGGUCUGUGUGUCUGUGACUUGGAGAUGCUAUUUACAGCUGUGCUGGGAAGAUUUCUUAUAACCUGUUAGUACUCCAGAGAUGUCUCUGAUGAGUCAAAGGAGAAUCACUUUUAGAGUCCUCCAACUAGUAGUGCCAUGUCCAGCACAACAGUUGGAAAUACCAGCUGCUUACUGUGUGAUGCCUGCUGCCAACAUUGCCAAGGGAACAGGAUUCCAUGCAUGGGACUUCCACCUCCAGUGGAGAACCCAGUGAAGGAUACCCAACUUGCUGGUAUGGCAGGGUGGGAUGGAGGAAGUGGACCCAGAGAAUUAGCUAAUAAGCCUUUCCAGUCUCACCUUUGAGGUACAAGGUAAUAAUUUUAUAAGAUAAUGGUUGGCAGUGGGAAAGACUGCUAUUGAAGACCUUUGCAUCAGGCAAAAUACACCUGUAUGAUUGUAUCAAGUAUUUCACCAGCAGGCUAAUUCUGCCUGCUGACUUACCCAUCCCAUUCAGUUUCUCCAAGAGCUGAAACAAUGAACAGUGUGAACUGUGCUUCAGGCUAGUGCUUUAAUUCUGAGGCUGGGAUCCUGCAAUUUGUCACUCUGAGAUUAACAGCAGGGGCUGCUCUGUGGAUCUGUGUGGCCAACUCCAUGGAUGCCUUUUCGAAGCUGCAGCAAUAGUUAAGAAAAACCACUACAGUCUGCUCUUGCACACUGAAGCCUGCAAUUAUGCUAGCAUUAAAGAGAAAAAAAAGGAUGCACAAGCCCACAUUCCUGCACUGUGAUGGACACAAUUUUGCUCAAAGCUUAUGCAAGCCCCUUUUGACACAGGCAGUGAAUUAAUCUGUUGGACCAAUGCCAUUCCUGCUUCUUUCUAAAGAGUUUUCAGUGUGGUAUAAGACAGUGAUAUUAAGGCAGAUUCAUUUCUGAACAGAUUAGUCCAUCCAAAUUUAUUCCCUAUAUGGAAAUGGGAACUCAGAGAAAGGUUGAAGCAAAAGUGGGGGCUAAUCCACUUAGAAAUGUAACUUUUCAAUUAAUUUGGCAAAUUAGAAGGGACAUCAAGUUUGCUUGCCUUCCCUACUAGAGGAUAAUUUCUCUUCUGACAGGCAACCAUUUAAAGAUAAGGGAGAGCCUGUGAUUAUGUGUUUGAUUAGGGUAAAUUGCCAGGGGGCUGAAAAAGCCCCUGGGCAUCCUUUCACAUAAACAGGUGUGAUGUGACUGCAUGUGAACAAGCAACCCAGAGAAUGAGGAGUGAGGGGCUCUAAUGGGUCCCCCUUAGUCACCCAGUUCCAUUACUUUCAGUCUUCCUAAUUUCUUAUCAUUAGCACAGUAGCUGAAGUCUGUCAAAAUGCAUUAAAAUGAGGAGAACAUCUGAGCCAGGCCAACAAUACAUUUGCCCCUGUGUUAAAAAAACGCUCUUGCUUUUAGUGUGGUAAAACAUAAAACCUUCCGCCAGAAAUAGAGCAGUUAAAAUCCGUUGUGGCUUGCUUCCAUUGAAAUCAGGUAUGCCAUGGAUGAAUUUGACCUGGAGCCCUCUGAGAUACAAAGAUGCUGCUCAAAUGUGACCUCCCUGUCUUAGGGCUCCUUUUCCCAACCGUUUCUUCCAGGUGGAAAUUUAACUUCACAAGAUAAAGAAGAAUGACUAUUGAAUGUGGUAGUAUGUUCUGCCUGGCAAAUAGGAUAAAACCACCUCCCAGGCAAUAUGUUCCCUCAGGGCUUGGUUUAUUACAAGUUCCUCCAUCAGUUUAUUAAGACCAAUACAGUUCAAGGUGCCUUUUGACUAUCUUCAUGUGUACAUCAAAUUCUUUCUGCUCCUGCAGUGGUAAGGUAAAUGAAUCAAAUAUUUCUAUUACAAAAAUAACAGCAAACUAGCUUAUUAUGACAUAGCACAUACCUUAAUUUAUUCAAGCCCCGUUAUCUGAAUCACCUGCAGUUGAGAUCCUGACAACCCCAAAUAUAAGCAAGCUGAAUGGCUUUUACAGUGUCAAUGCCGAGCAUGAAUCCAGCAACUCCUGGGGUAGUUGGCUUAAAGAGAGCAUGCCUUUUAUUCAAUCUUUCUUUCUAAAAUACAUUACCUGUCCUAAACUACAAAAGUGUCAGCCUCUAAUGUCUUUCACUAUAAUGUAUUUAAAUAAUUUGUAGCGAGCCACUCUUUGUAACUACAGGCAGUUAUUAGAAUAUCCUUCCAUCAUAAUGGAGAUUUUUGUUAACACUUUAACCAUGUAGAAGUCGCAUACUGAAUUAAUAAAUACAAGCGAUUUUAACCUCCAUUAAUUUAUCCAAAUGAGCUCCCCUCUGACUUCACAAAUGAGCAGAAAUAAUUCUUAGUAACUGCAUGUAGUAAAAAAAAAAAGUUAAAUAUUUAAUAUAGCAAGCAGUAUCAUCCCAAGGCACAUGUAGUGUCAUUGCUAAAUGACAUCUGUGGUCAUUAGUAAUACUACUAC